AUGUACACUGGACAGAAGAUCGCCUUAGCCAUUGCGCCAUUCCUGCUCGCCGCCCAGGCCCUGGACGUCCCCAACGCCUGUAGGGCCAUGUGCGCUCCCAUCGAUGAUCUCGAAAGGAGGUGCGACGCCCGCGAUGGCCCCAACGAGCAGACCGACGAGACAAAUUGCAUCUGCGCCGACACCGCCGUCGUGCGCACAAUUUUCCCCCUCUGCAUGGACUGCAUCCGCCAAAAUCCCGCCACGAAUCGGGGCAACAAUGACGAUGCUGAUGCUGAGGAUAUCAGGGACGCCCAAACCUUCCUGUCCAGAUGCGGUGCCGUUAGCACCGCGCGAUACAGCCCAGCGGCCACGAGUGUCAUUCAGAGCAUCAGUGCCUCUGGUACCUCCCAGGCGACUCGGACCGGCGGUCCCCAGGCCACCGGAAGCACAGGAAGCGGUUCCAGCGGAGGCGCAACGGCAUCGGCCAGCGGCAGCCGCCCUACCGCCAGCUCCCAGCGCAGUGGCGCCUCGGGCGUGCAGUUGUUUGGUGGCGUCUCUGCCGCCGGCGCCUUGUAUGUCGCCGGCGCUUUUGUCGCCGGAGGUCUGUUGAUGUUGUGCUGA